GCGUAGCGCCGGUCGCCCUGUCACCGUCCGGCAUGAGGCGCCGGGCCCGCGCUGCUGCCUCACCCGAGCGCCAUGGAGUGCCUGCGGCGCCUCAGCCGCCCUCUGCCCCGCGCCGCGGCGCUCUCCCGCCGCACUCUCUUUGCCCUGUCCCUGACCUCCGGGGCUCGCCUUCCGGUCGCCGGCGGCCGCGCGGCCGAGCUCCUCAGGCGCGGGCCCCUCAGCCUGCGCGCGGCAGGUGAAGUGUACCGGUUUAGAACUGCUGAUGUCUCUCAAGCCACUUUAGCCAGUGUGUCCCCAGUGUUUACCGUGACAAAAUUUGACGAAGCGGGAAACGUUACUUCUUUUGAAAGGAAGAAAACUGAUUUAUAUCAAGAGUUAGGGCUUCAAGCCAGAGAUUUGAGAUUUCAGCAUUUAAUGAGCAUUACGACAAGGAACAAUAGAAUUAUCAUGAGAAUGGAGUAUUUGAAAGCUGUGAUAACUCCAGAGUGUCUUCUGGUGUUAGAUUAUCGGAAUUUAAAUUUAGAGCAGUGGCUAUUCCGAGAACUACCCUCACAGCUGGCUGGAGAGGGCCAGCUCGUCACAUACCCUUUGCCCUUUGAGUUUAGAGCUAUAGAAGCGCUCCUGCAGUACCGGAUCAACACCCUUCAGGGGAAACUUAACACUCUGCAGCCACUGAUCCUUGAGACAUUGGAAGCUUUAGUGGAUCCCAAACAUUCUUCUGUAGACAGAAGCAAACUGCACAUCUUACUACAAAAUGGGAAAAGCUUAUCAGAAUUAGAAACAGAUAUUAAGAUUUUUAAAGAAUCCAUCUUGGAGAUCUUAGAUGAAGAAGAGUUGCUGGAAGAACUCUGUCUGACGAAGUGGAGCGAUCCGCAAGUCUUUGAAAAGAGUAGCGCUGGAAUUGACCAUGCUGAGGAGAUGGAAUUGCUUUUGGAAAACUACUACCGAUUAGCUGAGGAUCUUUCCAAUGCAACUCGGGAACUUAGGGCACUCAUUGAUGAUUCACAAAGCAUUAUAUUCAUCAACCUGGACAGCCACCGGAAUGUGAUGAUGAGGUUGAACCUGCAGUUGACCAUGGGCACCUUCUCACUUUCACUCUUCGGACUCAUGGGAGUUGCUUUUGGAAUGAAUUUGCAAUCAUCCCUUGAAGAGGACCACCGAGUGUUUUGGCUGAUUACAGGGAUCAUGUUCAUGGGUAGUGGCCUCAUCUGGAGGCGUUUGCUGUCCUUUCUUGGGCGCCAGCUGGAAGCUCCUCUGCCCCCCAUGAUGGCCUCUUUACCUAAAAGACCCCGGCAGGCAGAUCGAAGGACGGAACUGAAACACAGUUUAAGGCCAGAUGGACUUGGAUCAAACAGGAAUGUCCUAACAAACCGUUAGGAACAGCCUAGCGAAACUCUUUUAUGUUUUUUUGUGGUAUUUGCAGGGAAGUUCAGUGCUCUCUUACGGUUUUCUCAUAUAGAUGGAGACUUGAGAAAAGUCGGGUUAUUUAAAUUAUGAUGUCUGCUAAAAAAUAUUUUGAGUCACAGAACUUCAUCGCAAAGUUCUUGCUCUCUAAAAGGCCAAGAUUCUAUAUCCUACGGAUGUACAAACAUAAGAAUUUUUAUAAAUGUGAUGUGAGCCAUGGAGAGAUUGAUGCAAGAAUAGUUUUAUAUAUUUUAUAUAAUUUGUGCAUAUAAAGAAAAGUGCAAUUUCCUGUCUAAAAUCCUGGAAACUUGAUGAGCCCACAGUUUUGAGAUGAUGUUCUUCAGCUCUUUUUCUUGCAAAUAACUCAGGUUACUGAAAAGCUAGCAAAACAUGAAACUUAAACCCCGGAGGUUUGUGUUUGAAAUUAAUUCUUAGCAAAGUUGUAUUGUAUUGUAUGUCCCCACCCUCCUUUUAUGGUGAAAAAAAAAUGACCACUCCACUCCCAACUUGAUAAGGCUUCUGGUUAAUCAAGAUGGCAUUUUUUUCAUCCCUGAUUCUUUGCUCCGCUGUAGUGAAGGCCAUUGGAAGCAAAGCAGAAAGGAAGUCUUUCCAUUUUGUCUCUGUUUAUAGCAUCUCAGUCAUUCCUGGUUUUGUGUCGCCCCAACCGCCCACACACAAGGAAAAGCUGUUCAGCACCUCGCUGCUCUGUGUACUCACACCUCAGAGGAAACAGAUGGAUUCCAGAUUGGGGGUACAAGACAAGCUUUCGGCCGUGGGUGCCUUUUUGUUUUCAUUGUCAGAUUUGGGCCUAAGACAGAUGCUAUUUCUGAGACACAUCAUGACUGUUCUCCAUGACAUACCCACUCCUACCUUUUUAAUAUGUGUAUUUUGGAGCUGAAUGCAGCCGGGCAGUAGAAUGUAGAGUCCUUUCUGCCUAGUGCCAGAAGAGCAGGGGAAGGUAUGGCCCUCCCAGCACUCUGGGGCCCUCACUGAGCCUGCAAGGUUGAUGGGACUCUCACUUCAUCCAUUUUUUUUUUAAUUAUUGUGAUGGUUUUCUAAAUACUCUGAUAAUACUGAGAUUUCACAGGGCACUCUGCCAUGCUCCAAGCGACUUUGCUGUUUUUGAUCUUACAUUAUGAUUAUAAACUAGGUGUUAUCUGUGAUCUUGCUAGGCCUUGGGAGCCUAGCAAGAUAAUCUUUGCCAAGCUAAUCAGGCCUAGCAUAGAACAGGCUCAUUUUUCCUUGUACUGUUUCUACUUAGUUUAUGAGCUUGGGUGAAAUAAAUUUUUGUUUAAAUGUCAUGGCUCAUCACUAAAAGAAAUUCAGCUACCUCAUUAAGUCAGAUAAAGGGAAAUUACCAAUGAUUCAUAAAAUCUUUGCAGGUGGUUGGAUCCAGUGUGAUUUUUAAGUGGCAGUUCUGCUUUGAUGGUUUCAGGGAAGCUUCUUAAAGUUCUUUUAGUAACACAGCUUAUACCAAAAUAUUUUACAAAGUUCAUUAGUUUUAAAGUUUGAGUUAAGAUAUUAGGCUGAGCACAUAAACUCUCUGACUCACAGUCAACAGAAUAUUAAAUUCCCAGUUAUGCAAGCAAGCAAAUAAUCGUAUCACCUGUUUAACAUGCACAACUGCCAAAUAUAAUGUAGCUACUUUUCCCUGCAGUGCUCAGGGGUCAUUAUCUGUGAAGCAUGCAGGAUGUGGUUCCGCAAAGGCCCAGAAUGCUUUGGUUGCCAUUCAAGCCACUGGCAGUGGUGCCCAGGGUGCUGUGGAGCUGGGCUGCGUCUCCAUCCCCAGCACUGUCUUCCCAGAGCAAGGUCUGAUGCUCUUUUGUAACACUCCUUUGUCUGUAGGCCACUAAAUGAAUGUGGCAGAACAGAUCUUUUUUAGGAUGCUAUUAACACUCAUUUCAUUCUCGAUAAAUAAACUGUGAUAAUUAACCAUUGUACACUCUCAUAUUUAAAAGCUAUUUAUUCUUGGUGAGUUACUCCAGUAUUGUUCACAGCUUUACUUGGAAUUACAAUGUUCAACUCACACUUUACAAUUACUUAGUAAUAUCUACGGGGGGUGUACGGACAGUGGAAUUCAGAGACCUGAGUUUAUUUCAUAGUCUCUUCCAUCAUUGAGACAAAGGCAGAAAACAGUUCUGGUCUUCAAACCUUGAAGAAAGUUGUUACAUAGAGACAAGAAAAACUUCAAAUGUUUUAAUGUCUUCUGAGUUCUUGGAAUAAAGCUAAUUUUGAGUUACA